AUGUUAUCAAGACAAGCAGCAUCAAAAAAUAGGGAAGAAAGGGUAAAGAAUAUAGAAAAAGGAUUAAGUUAUGCAAAAGAAGCCGUUCAGCUGGAUCCACAUGAUGGCUUAUCUUGGGCAGUAUUAGGCAAUGCCCAUUUAUCAUCAUUUUUUGGAAUACAGCAAAAUCCGAAAAUUCUAAAACAAUGUUUAAGUGCUUAUUCACAAGCGGAAAAAGAUUUAGUAGCUAAAAGUACUCCAGACCUACACUACAAUAAGGGCAUAACGUUAAAAUACGAAGAAGAAUAUAAACUAGCUUUAGAAUCGUUUAACGAAGCUUCCCUUUUCGACCCCACUUGGGAACCACCUACGAUUAAGGAGAAGCAACUCGUGAAGUAUUUGAAUGACAUACAAGAAUUGGUGUCUACAAGUGGAAAAAUGAAACCUAAACGAUUGCAACAGACACUUCAGUCAAUAGAUUCAAAACAGUUGGGUCCUUACAGUGGAGGAAGUUAUACGUCUUCCAACGGUGAAGCGGUAAAGCUUAUUGAAACAAAAUUGUCAGAUUUAAAACCCGGCAUUAAUGAAGAACGAGUGAUUUUAGGGAAAGUGGUUUGUUCAGUUAGGAAUGAGGAUACAGUACCAUUUACAUUCUGUUUGGUCGAUAAGGCUGGGACUUGUGUGGUUGUGACAGUUUUUAAUUUAGCCGAUGGGAAAGGAGUUAUAAUAGGAGAUUCCGUCGCUAUACCGGAACCUUAUUUAACCAACAUUGAUUUUUCUUAUAAAGGAAAUAUGGACAACCUUGGAGCAUCCGUAGAUAUAAAGAAUGAAAAGUUGUAA